CAGCAGAAAUAGUUUUUGCAUCCAUUUCCCAUCAGCGCCCUCGGUCCCUUCACCGGAAGAAAACCUCUGCAGGUCCUUUGCACUUCCUCUUUCCGUCAACGGAGUUUAGAGUUUGUUUUAUGGCCCUCGGCGCUUCAAUACACGAUGGGACGUGUGAUCAGGGGACAGAGAAAAGGUGCGGGCUCCGUGUUCAAAGCCCACAUCAAGCACAGGAAAGGUGCUGCUAAACUCCGUCACAUUGACUUUGCUGAACGCCAUGGCUACAUCAAGGGAAUUGUGAAGGACAUCAUCCACGACCCCGGCCGUGGCGCUCCCCUGGCCAAAGUGGUCUUCCGUGACCCAUACCGGUUCAAGAAGAGGACAGAGCUCUUCAUCGCUGCUGAGGGCAUCCACACUGGACAGUUCAUCUACUGUGGCAAGAAGGCUCAGCUGAACAUCGGCAACGUCCUGCCCGUGGGCACCAUGCCCGAGGGAACCAUCAUCUGCUGCCUGGAGGAGAAGCCCGGCGACAGGGGCAAGCUGGCCCGCGCCUCUGGAAACUACGCCACCGUCAUCUCCCACAACCCCGAGACCAAGAAGUCCAGAGUCAAGCUGCCCUCGGGCUCCAAGAAGGUCAUCGCCUCGGCCAACAGAGCCGUCGUCGGCGUGGUCGCUGGUGGUGGCCGUAUUGACAAGCCCAUCCUGAAGGCUGGACGUGCCUACCACAAGUACAAGGCCAAGAGGAACUGCUGGCCACGUGUCCGUGGUGUGGCUAUGAACCCUGUUGAGCAUCCCUUCGGUGGUGGUAACCAUCAGCACAUCGGCAAACCCUCCACAAUCAGGAGGGAUGCACCUGCUGGUCGCAAGGUCGGUCUUAUCGCUGCCCGUCGUACAGGCAGACUGCGCGGAACAAAGACCGUCCAGGAGAAGGAGAACUAGAAUUGACUGUCUUAUUAAUAAAACAUGUUCCAAAACAGUCCGU